GCCUGCUUCCUCUGCAUGGGGCCCUGCAGCAACCCCCGCCUGGGGCUCCCCGGGGGGGAGUCGCCCUCCCAGCACCCCCAGAGGAGGAAGAAGAGAUACCUGCGGCAUGACAAGCCCCCCUACACCUACUUGGCCAUGAUCGCCCUGGUGAUCCAGGCCGCACCCUCCCGCAGGCUGAAGCUGGCCCAGAUCAUCCGUCAGGUCCAGGCCGUGUUCCCCUUCUUCAGGGACGAUUACGAGGGCUGGAAAGACUCCAUCCGCCACAACCUCUCCUCCAACCGGUGCUUCCGCAAGGUGCCCAAAGAUCCCGCGAAGCCCCAGGCCAAGGGCAACUUCUGGGCGGUCGACGUGAGCCUGAUCCCAGCCGAGGCGCUGCGGCUGCAGAACACGGCCCUGUGCAGGCGCUGGCAGAGCAGGGGCGCCAGGGGAGCCUUCGCCAAGGACCUGGGCCCCUAUGUGCUGCAUGGCCGGCCCUACCGGCCGCCCAGUCCCCAGCCGCCGCCCCGCGAGGGCUUCAGCAUAAAGUCUCUGCUAGGGGACUCCGGGGAGGGGGCGCCGCCGAGCAGCCCAAGUCGGUCAGGCUCAGUUCGCAUAGGGGAGGAAGAGGCACCCACUCCAGUCCCCACCUCUGAGAGGCCUCUGUGGCCCGUCUGCCCCCUUCCAGGGUCCCUGAGAGCAGAAGGGGAGACUUCCCAGGGGGGAAACAGCAGGCCCUCGCCCCUCUCCCCUGAACCCAGAGCCUGGCCCCUGCACUUACUGCAGGGUACCCCAGGCCCUGGGGGACUCCCUGGUGGAAGCCACAGGGCCUCGCUUUGGGGGCAGCUACCUACCUCCUACUUGCCCAUUUACACUCCCAACGUGGUGAUGCCAUUUGCCCCACUGCCACCCACCUCCUGCCCCCGGUGCCCCCCCUCAACCAGCACAAGCUAUUGGGGGGUGGUCCCUGAAACCCAUGGCCCCCCAAGGCUGCUCUGGGAUCUAGAUGCCCUCUUCCAGGGGGUGCCACCCAACAAAAGCAUCUAUGAUGCGUGGGUUAGCCACCCCCGAGACCUGGCUGCCCCUACCCCAGGCUGGCUACUCUCCUGGUACAGCCUGUGAGGCUCCCAGGGCAGGGGCUGCUUUCCUCUCCCACCCUCUCCUGCCACCCUUAGGCCUGUUGAGGGGAAACUAAGGGAUGUGUGGCUCCGCCUUGAGACACGAGGUACCAGCCGUGCUGAGAAUCCGCGUGUUUAUUGGACACUCCCGAAGAGCUAUGGCCCAGCUGGGCACCACCGCAGCCCUGAUGGUCAGUCAUGCCUCUCUUACCCCGAGAGGCAAGGCUGGAAGGAACAGGGCUGUGCUUGAAGUAGCCCUUCCUGUCCCCUUCCUGGUCCCACCUUCUCCAGCCCUCUGUCCAUCUAUCCAUCCAUCCAUCCAUCCAUCACCAUCUGUCACUUCCCCUCCCUGGCUCCGGGCUGGGGGAGGGUAGACCUGAUGACCACCCCAGCCGCUCCAUCCCUAAGUCCUGUCCCCCCUCCACUGUUGGCUGGCAAGGAGGUAGCACCUUUGGGGGGAGGGGACGGAGAAUGGAGACCCUACCUGGUUUUGGUGGUGGUAGUGGGGAAGAUAAGAGUAAAGGAACAAACGACAUUUUAA